AUGCCGGAAACUCUUGUGACGCAAGCAUCGCGACAAGAACGCGGAUCUAACCCUGCCAAUGUCGUACCACGUGAAGACGUCUUCUGCAUAGCUGCGGCGCUGAAGACCACGGACGUCGGCAGAUCCAUGCCUCUGGCAAUGACCACACAAAAGGUUUUCGUGUUCCCGUCGCUAGGGCAGUUUAACGCAACUUGGAUUCGUCUGGUGACAAGAAGUAUCGACCCGGUCACCGCUGUUCCCUGUCUGCUUGGCUUCAUAGAUUUGAUGUGCGGAGACCACUUCGAGAAGGUUUUGGACAGUGCCGACAAAGAAGGUCUGGUACUGGAACCGUUGAAACUGAGCAAGGGGGAGUUACGCCAGCGGCUGAGGGACCUGAUGACUGACUGGUAUCCUCCCGCCACGAUGGAUGAUUUCUACGUGCUGUUGGGCAUUUUGCUCUGUAACCUGUCCUGUCGGCGAGGCUCGGACGUGAACCGCGGUUGGUACCAGACCCGCGCCAAGGACCUCGUUGGACUUUUCCCGAACGUUUCGGGGGAAGUGUCGGUGCGACUGUAUGACGAGGCGAAGGCAGACGCCAUCUGCGCCUUCGCCGAGCGGUGGCCGCACACCCGGGCAGCUGUCGGAAGCGUUAUACUCAAGGGCAGGUUCGAGGCCUCCUAG